GUAAAAGCAGUUGUUACUAUUCAGAAGUCCGCACACAUUUCCAUGCACUUGACUUGACCGAUCUGCUGGAAUCACAGGCGAGGGUCGGCUGGUCCCGGACGGCAGAAUCAUUCGGCUUCUUUUCCAACUGCAGUAACUCCUUGAUGAGGCUCAUAUAAAAUGAUCAAGCCUCGUCCUUGAUCAUACACAUCGUCGUCGAUCUCAUCACUGACUCUCAUAUCUCUUUCUGUCCUUCCUCUUUUUCUUUCCUAUCUAACGCACCCCCUUCUCGUUAUUUGACACCCCCGUCCUAUAUCGUCUUUGCUUUGCAUGUUCUCUCUCCUGCUUUGUCUUAAUCACUUUUGUCAAUGCCUGAGAACAAGAUGCUGCCAACUUGGCGCUAUCGCGGACUUUGGUCUACUCACCUCAUCGUUCUGACCUGCUUCGUCUUCAUCAACCUGUGUCAGACAAAGUCUUUUCUGGGAGCGGAUCUGGCAUGGAGUGCUUUGCGGAGAGACCGAGGCAAUUCUCAGCCAGACCUAACCGAUCUGCUCGCCUUCAGAGACAUGGAGCAAGACCCGGUCUUCGAGAAAGCCAUGCAAGUCAUCGACAAUCUCGCGACCCAGUCCACUUGUCACCAAACGGCAGCAGCCCAACUACUGGUCACUUGCAAGGCAUCAGGAAAGAGCGCUGCUAUCGCAUCAGGAAAGCAUGAGCUCCUGGAGCGAAGCAAGUCUGUAUACGCUGUGAGGGUUGCUGUCUGCGAGACUGCCGAGGGUCGCGCUGCUGUACCCGCAGCAUGUAGUCCAGUCCUGGAGAUCCCACAGAGACUGCAAGGCGAGAUCGACGUGGUCAACAGUAAGAGUUUGGCAGCUUGUCUCGAAGCUUUGCUGGUUGAACACUACUACUGGACAAGCUACAGCAACAACAGACAGGAUGCAAACACCUUGUGUCAAGCUUCAAAUCUAGAGGCUUCCAGACUGGAGGCUCUUCACUCGUAUCAGAAGCUAGCCGAGCUUCUUCCAGAAUUUCGUCAGACUUUGGACUCAACUCGAUCUGAAUGGUUACGUUUCUUGAAACAGCAGGAAGAGGACGCUCGCAACAUCAACAAACUUCACCAACAGAAUCGAGCUCAGCUCCAAGAGCAACACAAAUCAGAGAUGUCAGCCUUUCAUCGAUCAAUGGCAGCAGCUAAGGAAGGGUUGGAAGAUGUGUCGCAGCUCUUGCACCGGUCUAUGGCGAAAACAGGCUCAGAGGUAACCCAAACACAUGAGGCCCUAGCGCAGGUGUUGUCUGAUUUUGCCACUCUUCGAAAUUGGCUUGCCCAGGUCGCACAAACCACAAGCGAGAACAAUGCGGCCGUUGCUGCAAUUCAUGCAAAAGAUAUGCAGGGGGUUCACGAACUAGCCCUAGCAACUACAGAAGUUCUCAAACGUUUACAAGCUGAAGAAGUUAUCCAGGACAUCAGCAACUUGCUCCUGCAAGUUAAGGGCGAGUUUGAUAGCAUCGCCUCUGCUCAAUCUGUGCAUCUUGCCAGCGCCGAACGUCAUGUGCAACUGAGUGCUGAACUUUCCGAAGCUCAGAAGGCCAGCCUAGCCCUUGGUCAGGAGAUAAGGCAUAUCUCACUAUCGCUUGCAUCUCACCUGGACACUGCCGAUGCUGUCGCCGGACGCGUAUCAUCGAGGCUCGACAAGGUCAAUCAAGCACUUAGCCGGGUCGAGAAGGUAUCAGUGAUGCUGAGUGCUCUGUCUGCUGUGGUAGCCAUUCCACUACGGAUGAUAGACCAACUUCACCUUCGCCUUUUCGCCUCUUUUUCCAUGCCUGCGGUCAUACUUUCCUUCUGGAAGCCACGUAAGUAUGCUUACAGCUUGAUGGCUGUCUAUGUCUUCCUCGAAAGUAUGAUAUCCGCCUUGGUACAAUACGAGACCACGAUCUCAACAUGCUUUAGACGACUAGGGAACCAAUCUCGGGCAUUAUCGACCUUUACUUUCCAAUCUGUCAACCAAAAUGCAAUGCUCGCGCUCAAGGCCAUUGGAAUCUCGAUCAUCAUCAUCACAAUCGGCAUCGCAUGGCAUUGCAUCGCAUUUACAUCCAGGCCUCCGAAAUCCCGGGUUUCGCGCAAAGCCAUUGCACAAGACGCCUUCUCCGACAGCAGAUACUCGGAUGCAUCUACUAUGGAAAGACGACUGCGAAGUGGCAAACGCGUCCGCGAUCAUUCUCCAGACCGUUUUCGGCGAGCUGCAACUGUUGCCUAAGGUAGCUUUUCGGCUGCACGAUUGUGAAACAUAACGUGGCCGCUCGUCAGAUGACAUUCAGCAUUACUCCAACAUUCGCGAUGUUGUCAAAUGACACUCAGGGAUAGCUUUGCAUGAUCAAGCUGGGAAAGUCAAGAGAUUUGUUUUCAUUUGGACUAUUCUGUUGCUCCUCCCCUUUUCAGAGGGUGCUCGAUGAUGCCUGAGGAAGGGUGGCUCCUCGACAUUGCAUCUUUCGGGAGAUUCGGACAGCUGUUGUAGAAGCUUGAGACACUGCAAAGUGCCAACUUCGAUUGAUUCUG